AUGGGGCUAAUUUUGCGACUGGCGGCUCUUGCAUCCGCCCCACCGUUGCUUUGUUUUAGUCAGUUCCAUCUUGGAACUCAAGUGUCUCAGUUCAUUCACUUCAAGACUCGUACAUUGUCUCUUUACAACCAAACCAAUGGAAAAACUCCAUUCUGCAAAGGAGUCCUUGCACGGCCUAAAGAUUUCUCAAAGGCUCUUUAUAUUUUCGAUAUCGGUCAGAAUGAUCUCGCCAUCGGGUUCCAAAACAUGACAGAGGAACAACUCAAAGCAACUAUACCGGCAAUCAUCGAAAGCUUCACUACUGCUAUAAAAUUGCUGUACAAAGAAGGAGCAAGAUUCUUCUCAAUUCACAACACCGGACCAACGGGCUGUUUACCCUAUCUUCUGAAAUCAUUUCCGGCUACACCGCGAGAUCAGUAUGGUUGCUUGAAGCCUCUAAACAAUGUGGCAAUUGAGUUCAACAAACAACUCAAGCAGAAAAUCUCUGAACUGAACAAAGAGUUACCUUAUUCUCUCUUAACUUAUGUUGAUCUCUACUCAGCCAAAAGCCAUUUGAUCACCAAAGCAAAGAAUCUUGGUUUUGUUGAUCCUUUUGAUUAUUGUUGCGUUGGGGCAGUCGGACGUGGAAUGGGAUGCGGAAAGACAAUAUUUCCAAAUGGAACAGAACUUUAUAGUUCUUCUCAUAACCCGGAGGUUCUUUGGGCUCAGCGGUCUGAUAAGGUUUACCUAACCGUCGCCUUACCUGAUGCAAAGGACAUUUCAGUCAAAUGUGAGCCUCAGGGCCUAUUCACUUUCUCUGCUCUUGGCACCCUAGGCAAGCUCUUUGAGUUCAGCUUGGAGCUAUAUGGGAAGGUUGUGCCAGAGUAUAGGAAGAACGUUACAAACUGGAACCUCUUACAUCAAAGUAGACUGGAACAAAUGCUGAGACAGCCUGAUGAUGAGAGUGCAUUUGUUGAUGAAGAUUGUGAGAGCAGUGAUGAUGAUGAAUUGCUUUGUAAGUUUCAACAACCUUAA